AUUCUCAGCAGAAGCAGACGCCGGCUUUUCUCAUUCGAAUGAUCUCUAUGUCAACCAUGGCUGCUGUAUCAGAGACGACCCUUGUGUUGGUGACCGGGGCAUCCGGCUACAUCGCCUCUCACAUUGUGAGACAACUCCAGGAGGAGGGCUAUCGAGUCAGGGGCACGGUCCGCAGCCUGGGAGACGAAGAGAAAGUCAAGCGACUAAAUGAACUCUGUCCGGAGGCUGAACAUAAGCUGGAGCUGGUUGAGGCUGACCUUACCAAGCCAGACUCGUGGGAACCGGCCAUGAAGGACGUGACGUAUGUGAUCCACGUCGCAAGUCCCUUCCCAUCAACAGCCCCUAAGGACGAGAGCGAGUUGGUCACCCCGGCUGUGGAGGGAACACAGGCUGUCCUUAAGGCAUGUGUCACUGCAAAGUCAGUGAAGCGUGUCGUUCUCACGAGCUCCUGUGUAGCUGUUGGAUGGGGUGCAGGUGUCGACCUCUCGAAGGUUUUCAAUGAGGAUGACUGGACGGACCCCAACAGGCUUGACGCAUACGGGAAAAGCAAAACCCUGGCGGAGAAAGCUGCAUGGGACUACGUGAAAGAAUUACCCGAUGAGGAUAAGAUUGAGCUCGCUGUAGUGAACCCUUCCUACGUGAUGGGGCCUGUCAUCAACGGAUCUCAGAGCAAUAGUCUAGAGGUGGUAAAAAGACUUAUGGAACGCGAAAUGCCGCUGGUGCCCAAACUGAACUUUAAUAUUGUUGACGUAAGAGACGUGGCGAAUGCCCACAUCAAGGUCAUGACCUUGGAGGAAGCUGCAGGGAAACGUCACCUCAUUACGAACGCCAACAUCUGGAUGAAGGAAAUCGGCCAGAUACUUUCCAAGGAGUUCAAGUCGCAAGGCUACAACGUUCCUACAACGGGGUGUCCAAAUGCCAUACUUUGGAUGAACAGCUGUUUCAACAAGAACCUGAAGGCAUUGAUCCCGCAACUAAAUAAAGUUUACAAGUUCGACAACACUAGGAUGAAGGAGGUGUUAGGCAUCACACCUAAAGAACCUAAAGAAAUUGUUAUUGAUAUGGCCUAUAGUCUUAUAGAGAUUGGACUGGUCAGAAAGGCCAAGAAAUACAGAGGACCUAACGCUGGAGGAGAUGAAGCAGCUGAGGAGACUAAGGAGGAAGGCGAGAAGGCCGAGGAAAAAGAGGGAGAGGAAAAGCCAAAGGAAAAUGGCGAUGUUAAGGAGGAAAAGGAGGAAGAAGAUGAUUUGAAAAAAGAGAGUGAAGAAAAAGAGGAAGAAAAACCAGAAAAAAUUGAAGAAGUUGAAAAGGAGGAAGAGAAACCCGAGGAAAAACUCGAGGAAGAAACAAAAUCAGAGGAGAAGACGGAGGAAAAGAGCGAGGAGAAAACGGAGGAAUCAACGCCAGCUGAAUAGAAAGGACUAUAAACAAUUAAUAGGCUGUUUGAGAUAGGUAUAUUUUCUGGGGUGAAAGUGCUGAGGAGGGAAAUUACUCUUUUAAUUAUAAAAUGGACCAAGCUGCUUGAUAGUUGAGUUAGCCCGGCCAGUGUUAUUCGGCAAAAACUGACAUCUUCCCUUUCAAGUCGUUUACUUGCUUUGUAAAACACUGUGGAAUUCAAUUCAGCGCAUUCAAAUGGGGGAAUUACUGAGGAUUAAAUGUAUAAAUAUAUAUGUAUAUAUAUUCUUAUGCCAGUAUUUGUUAGAAGUCUAUAUGAAAGCUUUAUGAAAAGAUCCAAAUGAUGUUCAUAUACUGUCAAUAACAUUUCAUCUGUUCGGCAGCAUGCAUACCGAUACAAGACCAUCAAAAGUUAUCAAUCAUAAUUAUAUAAGGCCCCGAAUUCUAUCAGCACUUCAAUAUAUUUUAUAGCGAGGAAUGACAGUGGAUUUGUGUUUCAAGUCGGUACAUUCCAUUUUCUUAAUAGUGGAGAAGCAUGGCACUUACGAUAGGGAGGGGUAUAGGAUUUUAUCGUUAACAUUUAUUUUACACAUAAUUGAUAAAAAAUGGAAUAAUACGUGAAUUUUUCAUUAAAUGUAAACUCUUGCUUAAACAGCUUACUAUAACUAGAAUGAGCGAAUUGAAAUGGUAGACUAAGUGAAUCAUCUGUAGCAAUGUUCACAUAAGUGUCAGUAAGUCGAAAAAAUAGGUUAUAAAUUUUAGAGGUAUACCCAAGGGGAGUUAACUCGUACGCGAGUAAUGCUCAGCACGAUUGGUAGAAUGAAUAAACAGCUACAUGUGUGCUAUAUUGAAUAAUCUUACGUAUUAAUACAAUCAUACAUAUACGCUGGAUAUUUCCAAUGUAAAAUGCUCAUAAAAGUCCAUAAAAUGGACACUGUUUGUAAGCGUUUUAUCCGUUUAGUAACGCCGAUGCAUUUGCCUUUCUCAAAAUUUAUUUUUUAAGGUGAAAAUCUUAUUUCUAAUUUUGUAUGAGAAUCACACCAUGACAAUUUUUUUUGUCGUCCACCUUUCGAGAAAGUGAUUUAUACAAUAUAUUGUCUAUAUCUUGUGUUUCAAUGGUAAUUUUUGUACUGCCUGAAUGUAUUAUAUUCAUCUUAAGGUUUUUGAUCAACCAUUGUUCAUGUAUGUAAUCGUUUGUGCCCCAGCUAAGCUCGCGUUCCCUACGUCAGAUAAUUGACUCUAGUUGACUUGACACCUAACUACAGUGAUCGGAAGGACAGGUCCAGUUUUUCUUGUCAUUUGUUAUUUUGUGCAUUAAAAACACAACUAGUCAUAUGGGAUUUCCCUACCGGGUGCAAUAUGUCAAAACAGAUUGAUUGAAGUCAUUGAUAUUUUGUGGAUGGGUUUUUAUAGAUGAUAAUAUUGCCUAUAAUAUGACAUCUAAUGGGUGAUAUGUAAAGGUUUGCAUAGUGUCAAAUACAGCCCUCUAUUUAUCGUCAAAUAUUUCUGUUUAUAGCUACGUGUGAAGUAAGGUUCGCGCAAGUUAUCAGCACCAAAUGCCCUUAAAUGGAGUCUAUAUAUGGCAUCAUGAUAGAGAAACAUUGUGGUCGUCACAGGAAAACGUGUAAGAUACGUACCAUCUUCCUGGUGAUCGAGGAAUGCAAAUAUUCCUCUCACAAAGUUGAAGUUUUUUUCAUAUCGAUUAUGUAUGAUGACUAUACAUAUAUAUGUAUCAUGUAUGCUUUUGGUAACAGCAAAUCGGUUCUAAGGCAGAGAUUGCCUAUAUGUUGUUGAUGUGACGUGACGUCAUGCUGAAGUGUUCUCAACGUAUGUAGAGUGUUCGUCCCAUAUUUAAUUACAUUUUUCUAUUUCCCAGCUGCUGUUUAAAUUGAUAUCUAUGUCAGGUAUGGAAAACAGAAUUUAUUUGAAAGGAUAAGGUCAUUUCAAUGGAUAGUAGUGAGGUCUUCUCAACACAAGGCUGCGUGAUGAUUUAAAUGACGCAAUCUUUGUACAUAACGAGUUAUCUCCCUUCCUUGUGCGCAAGUGAUCGUACUGAAUCCAUGGGGAAGCAAGUUGCAUUUGGAUUGUUCCAAGAUGCCAAUUGAAAUGUACAUCUAAAAGUCCUAUUGCUGGGUUCACCAAACAGUAACAACAAAAAUGAUACAACAAGCUGAUGCCUUAUGGGAAAAACCGUGAUAUUGAAAAUUCGUUAAUCCUGACAGGGAAUUGUCAACUUAUAUCUAGUGCAGUUGUGUGAAUUUUACACCGGAAAUAUAGUUAAGUAUAUAUAUCAAAUGACCAUGAUUUUAGCCACCGAUCGUCGUGAGCUUUCGUGAAGAGAGCCUUGAAGUGUACUUGUAGAUACGAUAUGCCUGUGUUAGCGCUCUACACGUGAAGGUCAGGCGUGUGUACCAACAUUUAUAUGUACACCGCGUUGUGAUGUUGAAGCUAUUUUGAAGUGUUUCCAUAACAAAUUGUGUAUUAUAAUAUACUCGUUUGCCUUAUAUGUUUCCGUAUGUGUAUACAAAUCCAACUUAAACAUUUUUCAUCUAAACUUUAAUAUCAUUUUUUUUUCUCAAAUUUAGAUAAAUCUUUUCAGGAAAAAUAUUAAUUUAUCUUCAGAUUUUUUUAUCAACGAUGUGGCCUUUGAAAGGUCGUGCAAUGUCUACUACCCCUGUAGAUGUUAGUGGACUGGUCCAUACUGUGGUGUAGGAUGUUCUACUGCAUUAUUCUAGGGGCAGAAGAACUUACUACCAUUGCAGCAUAUACAUUGCUUCCAAACGGUAGAAAACAUUUGAACUUUCACAUCAUUUAGACUCAAGAGACAUAAGAAACUAACUCUAUUUUGUUCAUCUGUAUUCAUAGACUCAUUAACUGAACAUUUCAUUUGUUUUUUUCAUUCGAAUAUGUGUAGAUUCAUGUCUUAAUAAUAAACAUUAAGUAUUCAAUGUUAUGGUAACAUUUAUAAACCUUUUAUUAAUUUAUUGGUAUUUAGACAUCAUUUCUGUAUACUAAGAGCAUAGCUUUAUGUAUGUCACCGUAUAUCAAGAAAAAUAAAAUAACUUUGUUUCAA